AUGUCAAAUAAACGUAAAAAAAACACUUUAUCUUUGGAAACCAAAGUAAAGAUAUUAGAAAAGCUGGACAAAGGUUUUCAAGGGAAUCGUCUAGCGCUAGAUUUCAACGUGAGCAAAUCUGCCAUCAGCUAUAUCAAGUCAAAUAGGUCAUCUAUAUUAAAUGCUGUUUCCAACACUUAUCAGGAAGCAUCAAAUAAAACUGUGCAUAGUUCCGAAUAUCCGAAAAUGCGACACGGCAUUCGUUUUUUAAAAAUUGGUGGCGAGAUUCUUUCUAGUGAUAUUGCCUCCAUCACUCCAUUUAUUCACAGAUUCCGUGCAAAAGUCACUGAGAUGGGGUUAAUAGAGUCGCAAUUAUAUAAUGUGGACGAAACCGGAUUAUUUUAUCGUUGCCUACCAGAUAAAACAUAUGUCUCUGCUUGUGAAAAAAGUGCGCCUGGACACAAAAUUCAAAAAGAACGAAUUUCAAUUUUACUUGGUUCAAAUGCUGAUGGGUCUCACAAAUUAGUGCCCUUAGUUAUUGGAAAAGCUAAAAGUCCCAGGAGCUUCAAAGGUUUUAAAAAUCCACUUCAUUACUACUUUUCCAAAAAUGCUUGGAUGACGUCUCGGAUCUUUCACGAUUGGUUUCACAAGAUAUUUAUUAAUGAAGUCAUCCAGUUUUCUCAAAAAAAUAACUUGCCUCCGAAGGCUCUUUUGCUUAUCGACAACUGCUCCGCGCAUGCACCGAUUGAGUAUCUUCAAAGCAAAGAUGGCAACAUAGUUGCAUAUUUCUUGCCGCCAAAUGUGACAGCAGCUGUGCAACCAAUGGAUCAAAAUCCCAUAAAGUUAACAAAACUUGUUUACAGAAGUAAGUUACUUGCUGAAAUAAUAGCUGAAGGUGGUGCACUGAAUAGUCUGUUGAAAUCCCAUUCCAUCCGAAAGGCAAUCAUAUUUCUGAAACAAGCUUGGGAUGAGAUAACUCCAAAAGUGAUGAGGAAUUCUUGGUCAAAGUUGCUAAAUUGGGACUCUGACCAAUACGACAGCGAUGAUGAUGUGCCACUAGCAGAGUUGCUUAACAAAAAUGAGGACUGCAAUGAAUCUCUCCAAGUAAAUCAAACUCUUUUAGCAGAAAUUGAUCCAAACAGUUUCAUGUGUAUUGCUGACAUCGAGAAAUGGAAUGAAGAUGAGUUUGAAGACCGAACUGGUGAUGACCUAAGUAGCGAUGAUGAGUUUUCUGAUAGCAGUGAAGACGAUGUUGUUGAUGACACACCAGUUAUUUCAAAUGUUAUAGCUAUUGAAAGCGUUAACAAUUUAAUAAAUUGGUGCAACAAGAGUGAAUUGUCUUCCAGUAAGCACAUGACCAAUCUUUUGGCCCUCCGUAACGAUAUUGUUAUAUCGGAUUUAAAGAAACCAAAAAAACAAACAAAUAUUACUGAUUAUAUGUCAAACAAAAAUUAAUUUUGAACUGAGCCCUUAUCCUGAGUUUUUAAUUAAUUUCUGAAAUUUUUAGUUGUUUUUUUUUAAUAAU